AUGCCCCUCAUCAAGACCACGGAAAUCAACGAGGACACUCGCGUCCUGGGAUAUGACCCCUUGCUGUCCCCCCAGUUCCUCCAAUCCGAGAUUCCAGCUCCUGACCAUGCCAUUGCCACAGUCCGAUCCGGCCGCAACCAGGCGAUUGAGAUCAUCGAGCAACGCGAUGACCGCCUGCUGGUUGUUGUCGGCCCAUGCUCCAUCCACGACCCGGAGACGGCCCUGGAGUACGCAACUCGCUUAAAGGAGCUCGCAGACAAACUCUCCUCCGAACUCUGUGUCAUUAUGCGCGCCUACCUCGAAAAGCCCCGCACCACCGUGGGGUGGAAGGGGCUGAUCAAUGACCCGGAUAUUGACGAGUCCUACAAUAUCAACAAGGGUCUUCGUGUUUCCCGUCGGCUCUACGCCGAUCUCACCAGCAUGGGAAUGCCCAUAGCAAGUGAAAUGCUGGAUACUAUCUCCCCCCAGUUCCUUGCGGAUCUUAUCUCGGUUGGUGCUAUUGGCGCCCGCACAACCGAGUCGCAAUUACAUCGGGAGCUGGCUUCGGGUCUGAGUUUCCCCAUCGGCUACAAGAACGGUACGGAUGGUAACUUGACCGUUUCCAUUGACGCCAUCGGAGCCGCGGCUCAUCCCCACCGUUUCCUUGGUGUCACCAAGCAGGGUCUUGCUGCCAUCACCAAAACUUCUGGCAACGAGCACGGCUUUGUGAUUCUGCGUGGUGGUAGCAAGGGUACCAACUACGAUCGUGAGAGCAUUCGGAGUGCCCGGGAGGCGUUACGCUCUAAGAAGCAGCGCGAGGUAAUCAUGGUGGACUGCUCGCACGGCAAUUCCAACAAGAACCACCGCAACCAGCCUGUAGUCGCGAAGGAUAUCGCCGAUCAGCUCCGCGAGGGCCAGGAUGCUAUUGUUGGUGUUAUGAUCGAGUCCAACAUCAACGAAGGCAACCAGAAGGUACCUCCUGAGGGUCCAUCGGGCCUGCACAAAGGUGUCAGCAUCACCGAUGCUUGCAUCGACUGGGAGACGACCGUCAGCGUAUUGGAGGAUCUGGCUGAUGCCGUCCGUGUUAGACGGGCCGCUAAGUCUGAUAAAGCGAAUGGCAGCAAUGGAGUGUCUCACUAA